GCAGCGGGGGCCCAGGCGUCCGGGCCGCGGCGGAGGCGGCGGCCGGCGGCGCCCAGCGGCCGUGCCGCAGCCAUGGCUGAGGAGCGCAGCGACCCGGCCGAGCGGAUCAUCCCCAAGGACCCGCACACCAAGGAGAUCGACCUGGUGGAGCGCGACCCGAGGCGCGUCAACGAGGACGUGGUGAAGGUGGACUUCGAGGACGUCAUCGCUGAGCCGGCAGGAACGCACAGCUUCGACGGCGUCUGGAAGACCAGCUACACCAGCUUCACCGUCAGCAAGUACUGGUGCUACCGGCUGCUCUCGGCCGUCCUGGGCAUCCCCCUGGCCGUGCUCUGGGGCUUCCUCUUCGCCCUCAUCUCCUUCUGCCACAUCUGGGCCGUGGUGCCCUGCAUCAAGAGCUACCUGAUCGAGAUCCAGUGCGUGGGCAGGAUCUACUCCCUCUGCAUCCGCACCUUCUGCGACCCGCUGUGCGAGGCGCUCGCCAGGGUCUGCGGCAGCGUGCGGGUCUCCCUCCGCAGGGAGCCCUAGCCGCGGCAUGAGCGCCCGCAGGCCACGGCUGCUGCGGAGUCUCCGCGCUGAAGCACCCCGCGCCCGCCUCACGUAGCAGAGAAUAAAGCGUUGGGCCCCGGCCCCUUUGCAUCGCA